UCUCCAAGACCGUUCAUUGCUCUUCUUUCUCUUCCGAAUUCGAUCGAAGGUUAGGGUUUGGAUCCAGUUUGAUCUCCUUCGCUGGUGGUGGUGGAGGUGAGGGUUGGCGGUGGUGGCGGAAUUGGUGAGCUUUCUAUGGUCGUGGUAGCGAGGGAGGUGAAGGCUAAGGUUUGGUUGAGUGAUUGGCAGACCUGGGAGUGCAUGAGGGUUGUGGUCCGAUCUCUAUGUUUUACGGAGACGAGAGGGCGAGACUGCGUGCUGUUGAUCCGGAGCAGGGGCAGGUGGGGCAAAUGCGGCUGAUUUCUACUGCGACGAUCGCGUCUGGUUUGUUUUCGUGGUAAUUUAUUGGGGUUUUUCAUCCGAGGUUUGAGAUUUUGAGUGAGGGUGUGGUGAUUAGGUGAGGAGUUGGAAGAAUUCGGAGCUUUUUGUGUUUGGAUCUGGGGGGAAAGAUGCAGCAAGAUCAGAAGAAGAAGAAUGCGCCAGAAAAGGAUUUCUUCACUGAGUAUGGGGAUGCUAAUAGAUACAAAAUUCAGGAGGUCAUUGGGAAGGGAAGCUAUGGUGUCGUGUGCUCAGCUAUUGAUACACAGACUGGAGAAAAGGUGGCGAUCAAGAAGAUACAUGAUAUAUUUGAGCACAUAUCUGAUGCUGCUAGGAUUCUCCGUGAGAUUAAGCUUCUCAGGCUUUUAAGACAUCCUGACAUCGUGGAGAUCAAGCACAUCAUGUUACCCCCAUCAAGACGAGAUUUUAAAGAUAUUUUUGUCGUAUUUGAGCUCAUGGAAUCUGAUCUGCACCAAGUCAUUAAGGCUAAUGAUGACUUGACUGGUGAACAUUACCGGUUUUUUCUUUAUCAGUUGCUCCGGGCGCUAAAAUAUAUCCAUACAGCCAAUGUAUACCAUCGAGACCUAAAACCAAAAAACAUACUUGCUAAUGCGAACUGCAAGCUAAAAAUUUGCGACUUUGGGUUAGCAAGAGUUUCAUUCAGUGACACCCCGACAACAAUAUUUUGGACUGAUUAUGUUGCAACAAGAUGGUAUAGAGCACCAGAGCUAUGUGGAUCUUUUUUUUCUAAGUAUACUCCUGCUAUUGACAUCUGGAGUAUAGGCUGCAUAUUUGCGGAGGUCUUGACUGGAAAGCCUUUAUUUCCGGGUAAAAAUGUUGUCCAUCAGCUGGAUUUGAUGACUGACCUUCUUGGCACUCCUUCAUUGGACACUAUUUCACGGGUUCGAAAUGAGAAAGCCAGAAGGUACUUGAGCAACAUGCGGAGAAAGCAGCUCAUACCAUUUUCACAGAAAUUUCCAAAUGCUGAUCCAUUGGCAAUCAAACUUCUGGAAAGGCUUUUAGCAUUUGAUCCAAAGGAUAGGCCAACUGCCGAGGAAGCAUUAGCUGAUCCUUAUUUUAAAGGUCUGGCUAAAGUGGAGAGAGAGCCAUCAUGCCACCCAAUUACAAAGCUGGAGUUUGAGUUUGAACGGCGAAGAGUGACAAAGGAAGACAUAAGGGAGUUAAUUUUCCGUGAGAUUUUGGAAUACCGUCCCCAGUUGCUUAAAGAUUACACUAAUGGAACAGAGAGGACUAAUUUCUUGUAUCCCAGUGCAGUGGAUCAAUUCAGGAGGCAAUUUGCGCACCUGGAAGAAAAUGGUGGUAAAAGUGGAACAGUAGUUCCAUUAGAGAGGAAGCAUGUUUCUCUUCCUAGAUCUACUGUGGUUCAUUCCACUACAAUUCCUCCGAGGGAAGAACAUAAUUUGGCUUCUGGUAGAGAGAGACAAAUCUCAAAUGAACUAAUAACUAAGAACUCUAGAGAUGCAGAAAGGUUACCCAGAAAUCCAUCAACCAGUAUGGUGUUUCCAGCACACCCAGGGAUUCCAAUUGCUAAGUCAGGGAAAGCUACUGGACCUGUAAUGCCAUAUGACUGUAGCAGUAUGAAGGACGCUUAUGACCCAAGAAGAUUGAUUAGGGAUGCCACACUUCCUCCCCACCCCACAAUGCGUCCUGCAUACAGUUGCCACAGGAACACCAACAAGGCUGAUAAAAUGGAAGUUGAAAGGGAAUUUCUACAGCAGCAAAAACCAUCUCACCAUUGCCUGGCUGGAAAAGUGGCACAAGAAACGGCUGUUGACAUAAGACCUUCGCCUUUCUAUCUUGCAGGGGUGACUAGAGCUGAUCCAAUUGAAGGAAACCUACUGCAGACAAAAUCACCAUUUAGCGGGAUUGCCGCUGCUGCCGCUGCAGCAGCAGCUGGUGCUCACAGAAAGAUUGGUCCUGUGCAAUUUGGCAUGUCAAGAUUGUAUUGAGCACUGAUUGAUAAUGGGCUGUUGUUUCUCAGUGUUACAAAAGCGAUACAAUAUGCUGGGAAAGAUGAUUGUGCUGCUGUUAAGGGAAAAAUGAAGGGAAGAACAUAAACUUUGGAUCCUACAUUUGCCUAGCAAACGGGUAAUCAAAAUGUGAGUGUGGGGAUUGAAUGGUCACUGGCGGAAGUCAUUCACGCAGCUACUGCAAAGAAACCAUGCCAAAGUGAGAUGUAGAGAAUGCACUAUGAGGCAUGAAUAGUGAGCUCUCAUUGUAAAACUUUUAUAUAUUAUACAAAUAGUAGAACAUAUGUUCCAAUUAUGACGGUGCCUUCUAUUCUAUGAUGGUGAUGCCUGUUUUCAAAAUUCUUACAUGAACAAGAAAAACUUAA